AUGGUGAGCGCUGCUGCAUUAGCCAGAAACGUCGUUGGCAUUAUAGGCAAUGUCAUCUCCUUCGGCUUGUUCUUCUCACCAGCACCAACUUUCUAUGGAAUUAUAAAGAAGAAGUCAGUGGAGGAGUUCAAGGCUGAUCCUUAUAUAGCUACUUUGCUGAAUUGUGCGUUUUGGGUGUUUUAUGGAAUGCCUUUUGUUCACCCAAACAGCCUUUUAGUCGUCACUAUCAAUGGCGUUGGCCUUGUGUUUGAAUUCGUCUACCUUGCCAUAUAUUAUAUCUAUGCUACUAGCCAAAAAAGGAAAAAGCUGCUGCUUUUUGUUCUCGGAGAGGCUAUUUUCUUUGCUGCCAUUGCUCUUAUAACAAUGCUGGCUGUGCAUGGCACUCGGAAAAGGUCGUUAGUAGUUGGUAUUCUCUGUGAUAUCUUCAAUAUUAUGAUGUAUGUCUCUCCUCUUACAAUCAUGGCAAAGGUUAUUAAAACUAAGAGCGUGAAAUACAUGCCAUUCUGGCUCUCUGUGGCUAACUUCCUUAAUGGUUGUUGCUGGACAACUUAUGCUCUUAUCCACCCCUUUGACAUUUAUGUUCUGAUCAGUAACGGUAUUGGAGCAAUUUCUGGACUUAUUCAGCUCAUACUAUAUGCUUGCUACUAUUCCUGCAAAGGAGAAAACGAUGAUGAUGAGAAACAUCCCGCAAAGCCAGCUGAGAUUGAACUCUGA